AUGGGCAAUCCCUCAUCCAUAGCAAUUAGCAUCCUUAUAUCUCAAACAAUUAAUAGCGGGUUUUGUUUCAAAUUAAUCUCACGCAAGUCAAUCAUCGUUUGUCGGAUUGUUCUGCAACUCAAGAGAGCUUAUAAGCGGAAUGACAAGCCUCAGUUACUCGCCGCCGUUAAAUUUCUGGCGCAUCUAGUUAACCAGCAAGUAGCUCAUGAGAUUGUGGCUCUGGAGCUGCUCACUGUCCUGCUGGAAAUUCCCACCGAUGACAGCGUGGAGGUUGCUGUUGGUUUCGUGACGGAGUGCGGUUCCAUACUGCAAGACCUGUGUCCUAAAGGUCUGCAUGGUAUCUUUGAACGGUUUCGUGGAAUCCUUCAUGAAGGUGAAAUAGAUAAGCGAGUUCAGUUUUUGAUCGAAGGCCUCUUUGCCAUUAGAAAAGCUAAGUUUCAGUCCGCAGUUCGUCCAGAAUUGGACCUUGUGGAGCAAGAAGAUCAACUAACACAUGAGAUAUCACUCCACGAGGACAUUGAUCCAGAAAUUAGUCUAGACAUAUUCAAGCCUGAUCCGCAGUUCGUGGAGAACGAGAAGCGCUAUGAAGAAUUGAAGAAAACCAUUCUUGGUGACGAGUUUGAGGAGGAAAAAGAUUCUGAAGAAGGCUCAGAAGACGGAUCUGCUGAGGAAUUUGAUGAAGAAGAGGAUGAACAGAUGAAAAUUGAAGAUGAGACAGAGACGAAUCUUGUAAAUCUCCGGAGAACGAUAUAUCUGACGAUUAUGUCCAGUGUCGAUUUCGAGGAAGCAGGGCAUAAGCUAUUACAAAUUAAACUAGAAGCGGGACAAGAGAUGGAGUUGUGUAUAAUGAUGUUGGAGUGUUGCAGUCAAGAGAGAACUUACCUCCGCUACUAUGGUCUGCUGGGUCAGAGGUUCUGCAUGAUCAACAAAGUCUAUCAGGAGAACUUUGAUAAAUGCUUCGUCCAGCAAUACUCGAUGAUUCACCGACUUGAGACGAACAAACUGAGAAAUGUGGCAAAAUUUUUUGCGCAUUUACUUGGCACGGAUGCUCUACCAUGGCACGUCUUGGCCUACAUACGAUUGACUGAGGAGGACACCACUUCAUCAUCACGAAUAUUCAUCAAAAUCCUCUUUCAGGAACUGUCAGAGCAUCUGGGGAUCUGUUUGCUCAAUGAACGUCUGAAUGAUCCAUUGAUGCAGGACUCUUUUGAAUCAAUCUUCCCUAAAGACAAUCCAAAGAACGCAAGAUUCUCCAUCAACUUCUUCACAUCCAUUGGACUUGGCGGCAUAACUGAGAACUUGCGUGAGUAUUUGAAGAACAUGCCGCGUCUCAUCAUGCAGCAGCAGGCAUCGUCAAGCUCAGAUGAUGACUCGGGAAGUUCGAGCUCAUCUUCUUCUGAAUCAGAUAGGGAUAGAAAAAGCAGUAGAUAGAGGACAUAUUAGGGGAUACAUUUGUUUUGCUUGGGCUGGUGUAAAUAGAUUAAUGUGUUUUUGUCGUACUUCAGUGUCCUUUACCCUUGCUAACUACUCUAGUGGUACUCUGGUUGAUCUUAAUGAGCAAAGGUAUGGCAAUUUACUGA